ACCGGAGGGUUUAUUAAUCCAGAAAAAUGUGCCGUUUGUGUUUUCAUUUUGGAGGUUAAGUUGUGGUGUGCAAGAUGCUGCUCAGGAUUUCCUUGAAUUCUUGUAAAAUACUGCGUAACACGCUAUCUAUUAGGAGCUUUGCCACCGCUCAUGUACUCAGGAAUUGCUCAAAAGUCUCAAGAUCUGAAAAUAUCCCUGAAACUUCUCACGAAUGGAGACCAAUUUACAAGUAUCCACCAAUUCGGCUCUUUUCCGUAGCAGGAAAGAUAAAAGUCUACCAGGGAAUCCUCACGGUACUUAUCGCUCCUCUCUCCUGGGCGGCUGAAAGCAGUUCGAUCCUUCCACAAGGAACUUUCAACACUGUAACAAUAAUAGGCGUGACCGGCUUUCUUGCACUGUCCAUAUAUAGUUUGCUGCUAAAGAAUUUAGUGGGAUUCAUUUAUCUGGAUAGCACUGAGCAGAAGAUAAAGCUGGCGUACGUCGGUUUCCUCGGACAACGCAAAGAAGUGGAAUACUUGGUGAAGGAUGUGAUCAGAGCCGAUGAUCUGCCGCCUACGAAGAUCAAAUUCUUCUACCCACUGGCGUUCCACGGUUCCAAGGAGAAGUAUAUAGUGUUUUACAAGGGAGGAGCCUUCGAGGAUAUAGAAAAGUUUGGCAGCAUCUUCGGCUAUGACUUAGUUUAGGCCCACUAAAUAGAACAGACUAUUUAAUA